AAGAUUAACAGAAAUAUGCAUCAAGGAAACCAAACCAUCUCUGAAUUCAUCCUCCUGGGACUCUCCAACCAGGCUGAGAAGCAAGAAUUCAUCUUCGUGCUUUUUCUGUGUAUGUACCUGGUCACUGUGGUUGGGAAUGGUCUCAUCAUUCUAGCCAUUGGCUUGGAUUUGAAUCUUCACACUCCCAUGUAUUUCUUCCUUGCUAACCUAUCCUUUGCUGAUAUUACCUCCACUUCAACCUCAGUCCCCAAAAUGCUGACGAAUAUUCAGUUCAAGAGUCAAUCCAUCUCCUAUGAUAGCUGUAUCACACAAAUGUACUUUUCCAUUGUGUUUGUUGUCCUUGACAAUUUCCUCUUGGGGGUCAUGGCCUAUGACUGCUUUGUGGCUAUCUGCCACCCUCUGAGCUAUGCAACUGUCAUGUACCCCAAACUCUGUGUUUUUUUCACAGUCAUCCCAUGGUUCCUCAGUAAUACUGUUGCCCUGACACACACCCUUCUACUUAUUCAACUGGUCUUCUGUGACAGAAACACUCUCCCACACUUCUUCUGUGACUUGGCCUCUCUCAUCAAACUGUCCUGUUCAGAUGCAAUGAUCAAUGAGUUGGUAUUAUUUAUUGUGGGCAUAUCAGUUAUCAUCUUGCCCUUUGCCCUCAUACUCUUCUCCUACAUCUGCAUCAUCAGGGCUGUCCUGAGAAUCUCAUCUACAGAGGGGAAGUGGAAAGCCUUCUCCACCUGUGGCAGUCACCUGACAGUUGUAUUGCUCUUCUAUAGCACCAUUGUAGGGGUUUACUUUUUCCCCUCCUCAACUCACCCUGAGGACACAGAUAAGAUUGGUGCAGUACUAUUCACUGUGGUGACACCCAUGUUGAACCCCUUCAUCUAUAGUCUGAGGAACAAGGAUAUGAAAGGUGCUCUGAGAAAGCUCAUCGAAAAACAAAGGCUCUUCCUUUUGAUGCCAUGA